AAAAGGCACGAAUUGAGGCAGCCAUUGUUCUGUCUAGGAAUGGGCUCUAAAAAUAGUCAUUUUCCAUUUUCCUAAAAAUUCUGAACAUUUUAGGAGAAACUAGGCCACAAUAUAGCAAGGUUUGCCUUACCGUUUGCAGUUUUGUAAUGUCCGAGGAACUGAUCACUGAAACAAUAAUCAACAGCUCGUUGGUUCUCGACGAGAAUGACAAUGGAUACGGCUACUUCUAUUCGGGGGAGUCUUGGGAAGAUGCCUACCCUGAUGCUGCUCUGUUCGUGUUUGCAAUGAAAAUACUCUGUUCGACCAUUUCGCUCUUCGGCUGCGUGGGAAAUGUGUUCACUAUGGUCGUCAUUUCAACCUGGGAUCGAAUCUCGUCUGGAGCUGGAUUCAUGUGGGCUCUGGCUCUGACAGACCUGCUCUCGGUGUUCUACGACGGAAUCCUGGACACGCUGCUGUCUCUGUUCGACAUCUCGGUCGCAUCGCUCGGGGGUGACGUCAUGUGUGCAUCGUUCAAGUUCUUCUCGUGGAUAACCACCACCUGCUCCUACUACAUGACUGUACUGUUCAGCCUGGAUAAGUGCAUCGCCGUGAUGUUUCCCUUCAAAUACCGAGUGUACGGGAAGGUGAAUUUGUGUGUAGCAUCUACAGUUGUCGUCUAUCUGUUCAGUGCAAUUUACUCCAUUCCGGCUGCUGUCUGGUAUCGUGUUGAUCCCAGGAACCAAUUUUAUUUUAAGCUCCCCCCUCCAAGUAAAAUCAAAAAUCAAAUCAUAAGUACAGUUAAGUCAAAAGUAAGAAUAAAUAAUUGA